ACUAUAUAACAUAACAAACAUUUCCACAUGACAGAAAUUCUACAGAUCCUCAAAUGUCAUCUUCACAGGAUGUGAAUUGAUGCAAACUAGGAACAACUCCAGGAAAACAGAACUUGAUUUGGUGCUGCAUAUAGAAGCUGAGAAAGAGGAUGAUAUUCAAUUCAACUGGUGUCUCUUCAAAAAAAAAGGGCUGAUAUGGUGCUCUGUGAUGCCACAAAACAGGAAGUUGAGCAAAAACAUAGUCAUUUUCGCACACACACACACACACACACACAUACAUCGCACACACACACACACUGCACACACAAUGUGUGGUCAAUAAGGGUAAUAAGAGAGAAGACAUACGUUGUGAUCUGCCACAAAAAGAAUCCAUGAGUUGGACCUUUCAGAUCUGUACAAAAACACUGGGGCACUGCGAGCAUGAAUGUGAGCCAGGUCAACUCCACCAAGUGUGUUCGGGACACGAGUGUGACCUCCGUGGUCUUCCCCUGCCUCUACAGCGCGGUCUUCCUGGCAGCCCUGGUGCUCAACUUGCUGGCCACCUGGAUUUUCUUCCAGAUUCCCAGCACCUCCACCUUUGUGGUGUACCUGAAAAACGUUGUGGCAGCAGACCUGCUCAUGACAUUCAGCGUGCUGGUGAAGGUGCUGAGCGACUCUGGUGUGGGCUCCUGGCGGCUGAAGGCCUUCUACUGCCGCUACUCCGCCGUGCUCUUCUACACCACCAUGUACAUCAGCAUCCUGCUGCUGGGCCUCAUCAGCCUGGACCGCUACCUGAAGAUCGUCCGACCCUUCGGAAAGUGCAUCCUGCAGAGGGUGGGCUUCGGGCAAGGGCUGAGUGUCGCCGUCUGGCUCAUCAUGUUCUCCCUGGCGCUGCCCAACGUGGUUCUGAGCAACAAGGAGCCGGCCCAAUCCGCCAAGCUGAGGUGCUCUUCCAUGAAGGAUAAGGCCGGCCUGCUCUGGCACGAGGGGUUCAACUACUUCUGCCAGGUGGUGUUCUGGGGCACUCUGGCUCUGAUGGUGGUGUGUUACACGUUCAUCAGCAGGAAGGUUUAUGAGUCAUUCCAGGCCUCUCGCAGUAAGUCUAAAGCCGCAAGCAGGCGGACCAAAGCCAAAGUGUUCAUUGUGGUGGUGGUGUUCUUCAUCUGCUUUGCUCCCUUUCACUUUGCCCGUGUACCCUACACGCUCACCCAAACGCGCAAUGCCAACCCCUGCUGGGUGCAGAACCAACUCUACAUUGCCAAGGAGACAACGCUCUGGCUAUGUACCACAAACAUUUGCUUGGACCCACUCAUCUACAUCUUCCUGUGCAGAAUGUUCCGCAGGAAGCUGGCUGCCACUCUAAGGCGUAAGCCCCUCCCCCUGGGCAGCCCAGAGUCCCCAACAGACACUUCCACUAAAUUGGAGAUGUCUUCCGUGGUGCACAAUAGGAAUAUCAGAACAGAACAAAUGGAAAGAAACAUAAAUGACAGUCCAUAGAGUAUAUAAAAAGAGCAACAGGAAUCAAAACCCAUGGAGAAAAUCGUUGACAUUUCUUAGAAGUUUUAGAACAUUAGGACAAAUGCUGUAAAACAUAUAUGUCAAGAUCACAGAAGAUGUUCCAAGUUGCAUAAACAUUUGAUAACAUCCUCUGAUGGUUAUCAUUUAACCAUGGGGGAAAACACUGUGGAUAUCAACAAAAUUUUCAGGAUGAUGCAAAUGUAAUUGACAAGUCAAAGUUUUUAACAAUAUUUUUGGAUUGAAUGAAUAUGGAUUACAAUAUACAUUUUUUAAAACUUCAAUAACAAAAUUGAAUGACAUUUUGAAACCAUUCCUUCAUUGCUCCUAGUGACUUUAAACAACCAUUCAAGGGACAUCCAUGGAACCAGACAAAGGUCAUUCUUAAUUGUUGAAAUUUUCUGGGAAUCAAAAAAUGUCAGUUGGCUUAGGCAUGAUUGGCCUUGCAGUAAAAAACAACCAUCCAUAUAAUCCUGUAUGAUUUGCAUUAUCCAAAGAACUAAGGAGACUGUAGUCCCUCAUUGGGACUUCGAGGUGCUGUUUCCCAGAUAGCAUAUUAAUUAUCCUGUCACAAGUUUCCUUAAACUGCAGCUAGCCUGUGAUGUUGUAUCAUUGUACAUUAAUAGCAUUGCUCAGUGGCAUCCUGAAUUAUAUGGAGAGGCCACAUCAUCACUGCCAUUCAAUAUGAAACAAUGUACCCUCCCAGAGAAAGAAGGAGAGUGAUUGGCUUAAGAGGUCAUCCUCACAGGAAAUGGAAAAACGUCAUGCCCCUGUUGCUGUUCGCCUGAGUGAGGUACUUUACCUUAGCUUAUCCUGCACUUUUAAUGGAUGCAAGAAUGGUCGUUCCACACCACCAUACCAAAAUUUCCAUAUGUAUGUGCGUGCUACGUACUUACCCAGCAGCGUGUGGAUUCGUUGUAUCUUCACCACCUGUAAUGAGCCUGUGAAAAUAACAGCUUAAAAUGCAGACAAUCUAUUUUUCAAAUGUGUAAAAUGAUAUGUUGCAUAUAUUUCAGAAAAAUAUAUUUUUGCCAUUUUUCCUUCUUAUAUGUAUGCUUAUGAUUUAGUAUGCUUUGAACUUUUAAAACUUUUUUUUUCCACAAGGUGAACAUCAUGAUCAAAAUAUAUGAAAAAUAUCAAUAUACAAUACGAUAUAUAUAAAUAGAAUAGUGAAAUAUGCAAUAGUAAAGAAACUUUUACUGUGAAAUGCUGUCUUAAGCAUGUACUUAAGAUAUGUGUUUCAUGGGAUUGAUUUUAUACAAAUGAGAUGUAAAUUGAGCGUUCUGGUUCUGUUGUGUAUGUGGAAGUCAGUACGCAUCUUCAGCUUCUUUAAAAUUCAAUUUUACUUUAAAGUUUCAUGCCCCUCCCUUCCACUUUUCUUCCUUACCGGAAUUAGGUCUCUUAUUCUACACAAAAAUCUUGAACUGUGAUUUCGCUACGUAGCAUACAGGAAGUCAUACUGAAAUACUGAAAUUCACGAGUUUAACGAUAAGACAGGAACAAGGUUUUCGAUGACACAGGCUCAAGGAAAAGUGUGGUUCAGGGUUCUUCUUGAGCCUGAGUCAUCAAAAACCAUUUUUUUCCAUGAUGCAGCCUCAUGAAGAACCAUGUUCAACUUUUUGAAUGACUUCUUCACUUCCGGUAUUUCUGAUAGUGAAUGCAAAUUUUACUAUUGCCUAUCAGCCAUUGCUAAGCCUGUCACAUGCCCACCAACAACUGAUUGGCUGGACCUGGUAAAAUUAGCAUGCUGCUUCUGAGUUAAGCAUUGUACAUGUAUGGAAAGUUUCAUGAUGAUUGGACAAAGCACUCACAAGUUACAGCUGUUCUUGGAAAAAUAGCCACACCCACAACUGUUUAUUUGCAUAAGGAAGUCAUAUUGUUUUGAAAGUUCAAAAUUGUUUUGAUAAUUAUUCAAUUUCAGAUUCCACAGAUUCUUUCAAGCCUAAUUUGGUGACACUCAGCUUAAUGGUUUAGGACUAGUUUGUGAAAGCUAGUUUUGUAUAAAAAU